CAAAGAACAGCGCUUCAUACAUACACUGUUGUUAGCGACGUAGCCUCUACAGUCAGUUAUAUUUCUCACAUUUACGUUUGCCAACGCUUCUCAAACCUUUCCUUCUUUUUUCAUCACCGCCUGAUAAAUGCUGGAGUAGCAGUUUUCCAGUCGGGGAUCCUUUACAUCGGAGUGCAAAGUUGUAGUUGUUGGCAGCCGAUCUAGUUCUAGUAAAGAAUGCUCUAGUCCGAGUAUGUGUAUACCAUGAAGAGACGUGCAGAAGACCCUGAACCGAUUUUUGUGCAGCAGCAACCACGCCGUCCCCCAGUUCAAGCUAUUGGAGAAGGCUUUCAACGGGCCCUUGUCCCGGCCCCACCUGUUGUUGAGGCUGCUGCAGACACCAUGCAGCCCUCAACUGGUAUACAGUACUCUCUGCCCCAGGCCUACCAGGUGCCUACUAUGCCUCAAAGCACAAGUGGACAUGGGCACAACAAUGCUACACCACAUAUUGGCCCUCAUACACAUAGCCUGGCUGUGCAGUCUCCAGGACCUGCAGUUGUCCCAGGUCAUGUUCAUCCCCCCACACCCAUAGCUUCAGUGCAAGGACAGCAGCAGCAACAGCAGUUUCAGCGGUUAAAGGUUGAAGAUGCCCUGUCUUAUCUGGAUCAAGUGAAACUGCAGUUUGGGAAUCAACCUCAAGUUUAUAAUGAUUUUCUUGACAUUAUGAAAGAGUUUAAAUCCCAGAGCAUCGACACUCCUGGAGUCAUUAACCGUGUGUCGCAGCUCUUUAAGGGCCACCCAGACCUCAUCAUGGGUUUUAACACUUUCCUGCCGCCUGGUUAUAAGAUCGAGGUUCAAACCAACGAUCUGGUGAAUGUAACCACACCUGGUCAGAUACACUACAUAACUCCUCAAGGAAUAUCGGUACAAAACAUCCCAGCAACUGGAGGAUCUAGCCAACCAACUGGCCUCCAACAACACCAGAGUCUCCCACAGACCAGCCUGCACACCACCACUACCCCAACUAUCACCACUCAACCUGCUUUAAACAAAGCCAGCAAGCAGCUCAUUCAGUCUCCGGCCCACACACCAACCAGCCAGCCGAAUCCAUCCAUCCCGUCAUACGCCUCACCACGGUCUCCUUCAGUUCAGCCCCACACUCCCGUCAGCAGCACCCCAUCCAGCGGGCCACCUCUACAGAACAACCAACCUGUGGAGUUUAACCACGCCAUAAAUUACGUCAACAAGAUCAAGAACCGCUUCCAGGGCCAACCAGAUAUCUAUAAGGCCUUCCUGGAAAUCCUGCACACUUACCAGAAAGAACAGCGGAAUGCUAAAGAGGCUGGGGGGAAUUACACACCAGCUCUGACUGAACAGGAGGUUUACACUCAAGUGGCCAGACUUUUUAAGAACCAAGAGGACUUACUGUCAGAAUUUGGACAGUUCCUGCCAGAUGCAAACAGCUCAGUGUUGUUGGGGAAGAGUCCUCCAGACAGAGCAGAGUCAGUCCGUAAUGAUCAUGGUCCCACAGUAAAGAGACCCUCGCUGAACAACAAACAGAGACUGAACCAAAAUGGCCUGCCAAUCAGGAGACCUGCUGGAGUGGGAUCCACACCGCCUUUCAAGAAAAAGGCUCUUGUCAUUGGUAAGGCCCACGGCAUGGCUGAAGUCGGUAAACUCAGCACAAGCACUGAAACUAUGUUCUUUGAGAAGGUGAAGAAGGCUCUACGGAGCUCAGAGGCAUAUGACAACUUCCUCCGAUGUCUGCACAUCUUCAACCAGGAAGUGAUUUCUCGCACUGAGCUGGUGCAGCUAGUCAUCCCAUUUCUUGGAAAAUUCCCAGAGCUUUUUACUUGGUUUAAGAACUUCUUGGGCUACCGUGAAUCUAGUCACGGGGAGCUGAGCCACGCAGAGAGUUUACCCAAGGAGCGUUCUACAGAGGGCAUCGCUAUGGAGAUCGAUUAUGCUUCCUGCAAGAGGCUGGGGUCCAGCUACAGAGCACUGCCAAAGAGCUAUCAGCAGCCUAAGUGCACAGGAAGAACACCGCUGUGCAGAGAGGUUUUGAAUGAUACAUGGGUGUCUUUUCCAUCCUGGUCGGAGGAUUCCACAUUCGUGAGCUCCAAGAAGACUCAAUAUGAGGAGCAUAUUUAUAGAUGUGAAGAUGAGCGCUUUGAGCUGGACAUUGUGUUGGAAAACAACCUCGCCACAAUACGAGCCCUGGAGACGGUGCAAAAGAGGCUCUCCCGCAUGUCGGCUGAGGAGCAGCUGCGAUUCAGGCUGGAUAACACGAUGGGCGGCUCUUCCGAGGUCAUUCAUCGCAAAGCCAUUCAGAGGAUAUAUGGAGACAAAGCUCCCGACAUCAUUGACGGCCUCAAGAGAAACCCUGCUGUGUCUGUACCCAUCGUUUUGAAAAGGUUAAAAAUGAAGGAAGAAGAGUGGAAAGAAGCACAGAGAGGGUUCAACAAAAUCUGGCGGGAACAGAACGAGAAAUACUACUUGAAGUCUCUCGACCAUCAAGGCAUAAAUUUCAAACAGAAUGACACCAAAGUGCUGCGCUCCAAGUCUUUGCUUAAUGAAAUUGAGAUGUUAUAUGAAGAUCGCCAGGAGCGCGCCUCGGAGGAAACCGCCGCCCCACCCCCCAGCGGCCCUCACAUGACUCAGACCUACGAUGAUAGCCAGAUCCUGGAAGAUGCCGCUGCUCUCAUCAUUCAUCAUGUCAAAAGACAAGUGGGCAUUCAGAAAGAAGACAAGUUCAAGAUCAAACAGAUAAUCAAUCAUUUCAUCCCCGACCUUCUGUUUGCGCGACGUGGCGAGCUCUCCGACCUGGAGGAAGAAGAGGAAGAGGAAGAAGAAGAAAUGGAGACGAAUCAAGACGGCCCCAAGAAGCACAACGGCCUGCCAGGCCGCAGCCCAUCCAAAUCUAAGCUCUUGUUCUCCAACACGGCAGCUCAAAAACUGCGGGGCACAGAUGAUGCUUACAACCUGUUUUUUGUGAACAACUAUUGGUAUGUGUUCUUCCGCCUUCAUCACAUUCUUUGCUCCCGUUUGCUGCGGAUUUACGGGCAGGCCGAGAAGCAGAUUGAGGAGGAAACCCGCGAGCGAGAGUGGGAAAAGGAAGUGCUGGGCCUGAAAAGGGACAAGAACGAAAACCCAGCCAUCCAGCUGAAGAUGAAAGAGCCGAUGGAUGUUGAUGUUGAAGACUACUACUCUGUGUUUCUGGAAAUGGUGCGAAAUCUUCUGGACGGGAACAUGGAGCCGGCUCAGUACGAGGACUCCCUGAGGGAAAUGUUUACCAUCCAUGCCUACAUCGCCUUCACCAUGGACAAGCUAAUCCAGAGCAUUGUCCGGCAGCUCCAGCACCUCGUCACCGAUGACAUAUGCAUGCGUGUAACGGACAUGUACCUGACUGAAAGUGCCAAAAAAGCUACAGGGGGCGCUGUUUCCACACAGACAUCCAGAGCUACAGCAGAAGGGGCCUACCAGCGGAAAGCGGAGCAGCUCAUGACAGAUGAAAACUGCUUCAAGCUGACGUUCAUGAAGAACCGAGGAUCUGUGAGUGUGGCGAUGGAGCUGCUGGACACAGAAGAGGAGAACUCUGAUGAGCCAACAGAUGCAGAAAAAUGGUCAGACUACGUGAGCAGGUACCUGAACUCAGAUUCUGCUUCUCCGGAGCUACGUGAGCAUUUGGCCCAGAAACCAGUUUUCCUCCCCAGGAACCUGAGACGGAUACGGAAAUACCAGAGAGGAUGGGAGCAGCUGCAGCAAGAACGCAUCACUAAAGGUUCCUCUGACAAGUCGCAGGAUGGCAGCAGUGAGCUGAAGAUGGAGUGCAUGUUCAAACUAAACUCCUACAAAAUGGUUUACGUCUGCAAGUCAGAGGACUACAUGUACAGGCACACUGCGCUUUCAAGAGCUCAUCAGUCCCACCAGCGGGUGAACACACGUCUGCACGGCCGCUUCCAGACCUGGCUGGACUCAUGGGCCCAGAAGCACGUGACGCCUGAAAUGGCCACCAGCACUCACAAGUGGCUGAUGGGAGAUGCGGAAGAGGGACUGUUGUCGUGCACCACCACCUGCAGCCCCGAAGUCCUCCACUAUCUCAACAUCAACAAGUACCGGGUGCAGUACAGGACACUGUAGUUCAAACAGUAUAAACGCCUGCACACGUCAAAACUGCCAGAGGUGAAUUGUUUUUUUUCCCAACCUUCCAAAACUGGACUCUGCUGCCAAACAAUAUUGGUUUUUACUUGUUUGUUUUCUAGUUCAAGAUUUUUGCUGCAAAUACUGCAACAAAUAUAUUGGAAAUAUAUAUAUCAGAGUGCUAAUAUGUUUGAUAAAAACACAGGAAGCGGCUCUCUUGCUCUCAUCUGGGCUAAAGUUGAAUUAAGAUUCUCAUCACCAAAACUAAACAACUGAAGGAUAAAACCGUUCAUGUUCUGUUAACUCCAGCUGUAAACCUCUUUAGGCUUUGAAUGUUUUCAGUUGGGGGUGAAGGCAAAACGAUGCACUAUACAUACAGUAUAAAAAUAUGUAUUCAACAUUUCUGGCACCUGGUCGACAUUAGUACCAUGUCAACUCUGUGUGUCAAGAACAGUAAUUUAUAAUUGCCCAAAAUGUUUCUUGUAAAUAUGUUGUUUAUAAUUAGAUUUUUUUUAUCAGGUGUCAUUGGUGUGUAGCAUACAGUUUAUAAAAAAUAUAUAUAGUGUCAACAUUUAGCCAGAAGAUGCAAAGACUUUUAUCAAGAAAAGGCAAAGUUUUACUGUUUUUUUUUUUUUAACCAAAGAAGGUUAUUUCCAGACCUUUUUUUAAUUUUAGUCUGCUGAACAUCUUCCCAAAGUGUUUUUGUUUAGUAAAAAAAAAAGAGAGAGAAAAAAAUUACUAAUUUAUAACAUAAUUGGGUCCCUUUUAUGUGCAUUUCUAUUGUCGGUUUUUAGGACAAAGGUUUUAAGAUGAUUGAAUGUAGCUGAGUCUGAACAGCACUUCAAACAUUUUCUUGUUAAUGAACUUUUCAAAAAUAUUUACAAUCCGUGCAGGAGGGCCAGUGAUAUCUCGGACAAUGGCUAAUAAACUGGACGCAGUUUUAUCUUUCAUAGACUGUCAUCAAUAACGACUCUUUGGUUAAAUGUCAACGUUAUUACAUUGUGUACAGUUUAUGGAUAAAAACACAAGCAAUAAUUUCUUGAGUCAUAGUUUAUUAAAGCUAACUUGUAUUUCUUGCUUGAAUACAAACGUGGAUAUUGAAUGCGCAUAAAAAUACUCUUUUUUUUGUUUUUUUACCCUUUUUUGCCUUUUAAUAAAAUUGGAAAUGUUUUUGAUAUUUUAGAUGAGAUGGAAGAGAGAAAUCCGUCAUAUUUAAUGCUGGAACGUGAGUCUCACAUUAAAACUGUACAUGUGUGCAACAGAAUUUCAUUUAAUUUCACACAUGAAAUGUUACAUUGGACACAGAGAAGUUAAGAUGAACAUAGGCAUCACUUCCUAGACAGUCUGUUUUUCUGAAGGUUCACUAAAGGCAGCGGUCAGCAAUAUAACCCGCUGCAGACAAUCUUGAAAUAGUUUAAUACCUGGGUUUUUAUUUUUCUAUUUGCCGUGUUUGUUACAGAAUUACAGAGGAAGUCCGGGGGGAGCCGAUUGUACAUACAGAGAUUGUUUACACCUUCUUUAAUGUGUCACUUCUCUUGACUUAUAUGAUGUUGUACAUGAGUGUUAGUAUGGUGUUUGGCAUUAAAAUAUCCUUUGAGUAGACAGAAA